UUCGUUAUCGUUGCACAUGCUGCCACCUAUGUACUCAAAAUUUUGGUGUGCUACUCGGUUGGUAGUUCAUGUGCAAUGUGUAUGAAAAUUUUGUUUGAAUAAAGGGAUUUUGUAGUGUUAAGCCGCUGAAUCGAGAUUUCAUAGCGUCAUCUGGAGUGAUCAAGAUCCAAUUUGCUGACCCGCAUCGCGGGACGUGCAGACAGCUCGCUGUGAUCAGAAGAGAGUGGCGGUAUGGUGGACUACUACCGGAUCUUGGAGGUCUCCAAAACAGCCUCCACAGCAGACAUAAAAAAAGCGUACCGGAAAUUGGCUUUGAAAUGGCAUCCGGACAAAAAUCCAAACAACAUGGAGGAAGCCACAAAGAGGUUUAAAGAAAUAUCAGAGGCGUAUGAAGUUUUAUCAGAUGAAUCAAAACGGCGAGUGUACGACCAGAGACAGAAGGCAUCAGCAAGGUCCCCGCGAAGCUUCAAUAUUGGAGGGUUUUUUGAGACACCUUUCCGUCGUUUCUUCGAGAAGAAACGCCGUGUGUAUGAUCAGUAUGGUAAAGAAGGUCUUGGCCAAGGAGGAAGAUCCAGAGGCCGGCAUGAUGAUUUCUUUGAUCCAAAUUUUGCUUUUCCAUUUACAUUCCGAGAUCCCGAAGACGUCUUCAGAGAAUUCUUUGGCAGUUCACCGUUCCAAGAUGUUUUUGGAGGCAUGGACCAUGGUACACGCAGAGGAAAUCGCAAUGGUGGCAACAACAGCAUAACUUCGAGCUUCUUCAGCCCGUUUGGACUGCAGCUGGGUGGCUUUCAGAUAGAUGAUUUCUUUGGAAUGGAUGGAAAUUCUGGUUUUACAUCAUUCACAUCACUCAGCAGUUCAAAUAUGGGUGGUGGGGCUGGCAGUGGAGCUGCUGUCAAAAGGACAUCUACCUCCACGCGCUUCAUAAAUGGCAAGAAGAUAACAACUAAAAAGAUUGUAGAAAAUGGAAGAGAGACUGUCAUGGUGUAUGAAAAUGACACCCUAACUUCAAAGACUGUCAAUGGUGUUCCCCAGGCACUCACGCAGAGUUGAAGUGGUGGAACCUGAACUAAGUGAAAUUUGAUGGACUGAUAAAUUUAAAAGUUAAAAUUAUUUGAUGGUGGUAUAAGACAGGUAGAACUAUUGAUGCGUUCAUGUGAAAUAAAUACUUAUCCAUCUACACAUCAAUUUCUGAAUAAACAACAAGUGACUGACAUGAAACUUGCCAUUUUGGAGUUUCCAAACUCACUUUCAAACAGACUCUCCAUGUUGUGGAUUCUUGAGGCAAAUGUGUGGCAUUGUAUUUCUGUCUACCAUUAUUUUCCCAUUUGAUUCAUUUCUGUAGCGUAAAAGUAUAUGAUCUUCGUACUGUUUCUAACUCUAUUCAGUGGUAAGUUUCAUCAGUAGUAAAAAAGAAUUGAUGACCGAUAAAAAAUUUUGUUCACAUUGUAGUUUUGCACAUGUGCUAUUAUGAACAAACUGUAUAAAUUAUUGUUGUAAUCUGUGGAUUCUCAAAUAAGUGGUAUCAUUAUUGUAACAUUAAAGAAGCCUUGAAACUGAUUCUUGUCUUUGUGAUUGUGAACUGGCACAGAAUAUAACAAGCACACAACAUUCUAAUAUCACCAGAAGAAAGAAAGUAGCCGAGUAAAUUCUUCACAGGACAUGAACAGGUGGGCUGACCUAUGAUUAUUAAUAUGUACAGAAAAAAUGUUCAACAUUUUGGAUGUAAAAUGGCUUAUCUCAAGCUUGUUAAAGUUGUUGUUACUGUAUUAUAAUUUCGUGUGCUGUUAAAUAUCCUUGUCACUGUUGAUUGGCAUUAUAGCUAUUAUGUAAAGAACUUAUCAGUGUUUCAUAAAAUGUUAGAUGUACUACAUUUAUGUAAUCUGUGUGCAUACCACACUUCUCCUCCCACUGAUGCCAUUGCUCGACAGUUUCUUGUAAAUGGCAUGAUAGCUGUUUUAAUAUUAUAAAAAUCUGCCAGCAUUCAUAUUAGCAUUGUAAAUAUCAUUCGUUGUCUGAGAAUGUAUUAAAAUAAUUGGGUGUUUCAUAUACUACAUUCCUCUGCAAUCUGUGCCAUUUUCUAAAUUUAGGAUCAACUGCUCAAUUUUUGAGUGACUUCCUGAGAGGACUACACUGCUUCUCUUCAUGUUUUGAGGCAAAUGUGAGCCAUAUUGAUUUACUGGAGAUCACAAAUGACAGUACAUGAAGUAAGAAAGAAUGAAGUAAUAUUGUCAGUGAACAAAAGACUUCUUAAUUUAACUCAUUGAAGCUUCAAGAUAUUUUCAUCUAGCUUACUUAAACAUAAUUGUUGAAUUCUGCACUCUGUGAUUUAAUGAUUAUGAUCUUAGUUAUAAUGCAGUAUGAAUUGUGAGAGUGAUAGUUUGAGUUCAUUAACGUUAUUCAGUUAAGAGAGAAUGUUCCUGUUUUUUGAUUGUUUACUAGAGGCAGUUCCUGAGAAACCAGGAAUAGUGUUUUGUAUUUUGUAAAAUGAAUUUUAAGUACUUAAGGUGAAACUUGGCCAGAGUGAAUGUCAUAUUUCAUGUAGAAACAUUACCCUACGCUUGGGUGGAUGGCGAUAUUUCUUUUUAAUUUUGUGCGUUGUAUUAUGUAAGAGUAAAAAUAAACAAUGUUUAGUAACAA